UGACACCGAGUUGUAUUACUGGGGAUAAGGAUACUGGGAAUGAGGGUGGUGGGCUUGGGGUUAGAAUUGAGUCCAAUACGAAACUUUAGAUUUCGUCUUCCACCUCAUGAUUGGCAGGAUUGCCAUUGUUAUGUUAAAUAGUGAGUGGAAUGUAAAUGCAAUCUCCUCCUGUAGAAUCAACCCAUAGAUAAAGCAAGGAAGACCCAUGAGCGACUUGUCUCACAGUUCCCGAGUUCUGGCAGAUUCUGGAAACUGUUCAUUGAAGCUGAGGUUAAUACUUUUUUUAUUCUUUUCCCUUGUGUGCAUGGCUGAGACUUAUUCUAACAUAAUCAACUAUGUGAUUUUCACACAAUCCAAAUGUAUCUGACUUCAAUGGAGUUUAAAGUCACAAUUCUUGUUUUGAGCCUUUUUGUCUAAUCUCAGAGAUGUUCUUCAAAAGCUAAAGAAUUCUCACAGUUUCCUAAAACAAAGUGUACAAAGUGAAAAACCGUCUAAUGAACCAUUUAUAAAAAUUGAUACAAAACACUUUGCAGUUGGGCUCUGCUAAUGUUCAUUAGGAAUUGUGCCUUUAAGCAAGAAGGGGUUAUUAUCUAUAGCUAUUUAAGGAUAAUUACUCAUGUUUCCAAGUUAAACGAAAGAUUACAUAUCAUCUGCGGCAUAUUAAAUAUGGGGUAAAGUGCAUUUGUUGCAUGUUUGGUCUGCAACAGUAUUAAAACUAUUUUAAUGGUAUUGGAGUGCAUUAGCCUUUUAUUCACUUGUCGUGUCAAUUUAUUGCCUCCUGUGUCAUUUCUUUUGGGUUAUUUUCAUAAAGGACGAUCUUUAUUGUGUGGCCCAUUCUUUUCUUGAGACCUUUCGCCCCACUUCUCCUGAACACACAAACUGUGACCCUUUGCUUGUGUUUUUGUUUGCCAAGAAUAAGUUUUACUUUCAUCCAACCAACAAUUUGACCAGAAGAUUUAAUUUCCCUUACACCCGAUGAUCAGUUCUAACAAAAAGUCAAAUUUCUUUACACCAAGUGUAUUAAUUUUCUAAAAUUAAGCAGUGAUGUCAAUAUGUAUUUAGAUAGUAGAUUCUCCUCCAAAUAAAACUUCGUCAUAUAUUCUGCCUUACACCAACUUUCUGCCAUUACUCUAUAAAUAUGGAAAAACAAAUUUUCUCUUUUUCAUUAUAGACCUCAACCCUUAAAUAUUUUUCUUAUUUACAUUAGAGUUAUCUGUAACAAUGUUAGCAGCAAAUACAUUCAUAAAGAUAAUAUAGUGUGAUCUAAGUCAUUAUUUGUUUUAUCAUAAAACAGAACAAGACAAAUAAGCUAAAAGGAUAUUAUUGUUUAUUUAUUUUACAGAUAAGAGUAGAGUUGACAGUAUCAAAGAAAUGUGAUUUAGUGUGAUUUUAUGACCCUUAUGGAUUAUUAAACAGAGAUGAUUUGGAAUUCUUAACCAGAUGGAAUUGAAAUAUUUUUCAGAAAAGGGAAAAUACUUUUAGCAGUUUGUACAUAUUGUCACUUCAAAUUAUUAAUCAAUGUUUGAUAUAAAAAAUAAAAUUGACAAAGCUUAUACAAAGACAUUUAAAAAGGUUAAACAAAUGUCUACAAAUGCAGCAUCAAUAUUGUUGGGGGUUUUUUUUCCCAGGGUGCCUUGCAAAAGUAUUUCCAUGAACCUUUUAUUUUUGUUACAGUAGUGAACUUUUACAUUUUUAUAAGAAUUGUAUGUGAAAGACCUACACAAAGUAGCAUGUAAUUAUAAAAGGGAAGGAAAAUGCAUGAGUUUCAAUAUUUGUUGAGAAUAAAGGCCUGUAAAUUUGGCGUCUAUAUUUAGUCCCUGUGGCUGAAAUCCUUUAACCACAUUUUGGCACCUCUACUAGCAUGCUCUAAAUGUAAUUUUUUUUCCCCUUUGUUUUUUUAUUUACACUAUUCCAUUGUUUAUAUAUUCUUUCAUCUGCUUUAAGAUCACUCUCUUCCCCUGUCUUAAGUACUUGAGGUUUUAACAAGUUUCUUUUUUUCCAAGUCUAACCAGAUCACCUUUCUCUUGCUACAGAAAAGUACCUCUACAGCAUGAUUCUUUGUCUGCCCCUCUUUUUCCCUAUGAAGUCUUCCUUGACAUUUUCUGAUGAAGCAUUGCUCACUCCAGUGUGAAAUCAUGCAUGACUUUCUGCUACUUUAUUACAUAAAUUCCCAAUAACAUGUUCUGAAGUUUGGGUGUAAUGCGACAGUGCAAUGCAAACAAGCUCAAUGGGUGUGAAUACUUUUGCCAGAUACUUUUUCUGUCCUCAUUUAACUCCAAAUACCAGAAUUUUCUUAAAUCAGCUGCAUUAGGUAGAUUUGAACAAUCACAACGAUUUCAUUUUUGAAAUAACACAAUUAGAAUUAUCAAACCCAAUUGAAAUCUCCUAGGAUUAUAAUGAAUGACAUACACCGUCAUUCUUAGUAUAACUGCUCCCCCUUGUGAUAAAGGCUAAAAACUAUGACAAGGUAGAGAAGUUGUUUCAGAGAUGCCUAAUGAAAGUGUUGCACAUUGACCUGUGGAAAUGCUACCUUGCAUAUGUUCGAGAGACCAAAGGGAAGCUUCCCAGCUACAAAGAGAAGAUGGCCCAGGCAUAUGAUUUCGCCCUUGAUAAAAUUGGGAUGGAAAUUAUGUCCUACCAGAUUUGGGUCGACUACAUAAAUUUCCUAAAAGGAGUUGAGGCAGUGGGCUCAUACGCAGAAAAUCAAAGAAUCACUGCGGUCCGGAGAGUCUACCAAAGAGGUUGCGUGAACCCAAUGAUAAACAUUGAACAGCUCUGGAGAGAUUAUAGCAAAUAUGAAGAGGGCAUCAAUGUGCAUUUGGCUAAAAAGAUGAUUGAAGAUCGCAGCAGGGAUUACAUGAAUGCAAGGAGAGUGGCAAAGGAGUAUGAGACAGUAAUGAAAGGGCUUGACAGAAACGCACCUUCAGUUCCACCACAGAACUCCCCUCAGGAGGCCCAGCAAGUGGAAAUGUGGAAAAAGUACAUUCAGUGGGAAAAAAGCAACCCACUCCGUACAGAAGACCAGACCCUCAUCACAAAGAGAGUGAUGUUUGCCUAUGAGCAGUGCCUGCUGGUUCUGGGUCACCAUCCCGACAUUUGGUAUGAGGCAGCUCAGUACCUGGAGCAGUCCAGCAAGCUGCUGGCAGAGAAAGGAGACAUGAAUAAUUCAAAGCUGUUCAGCGACGAGGCAGCUAACAUCUAUGAACGUGCCAUUGGGACGCUCCUCAAAAAGAACAUGCUCCUCUACUUUGCGUUUGCUGAUUACGAAGAAAGUCGCAUGAAGUACGAGAAAGUGCACAGCAUCUACAACAAACUGCUUGCGAUCGAGGACAUCGACCCCACGCUGGUCUACAUCCAGUACAUGAAAUUCGCCAGGAGGGCGGAGGGCAUCAAAUCAGGUCGCUCCAUCUUCAAAAAGGCUCGAGAGGACCUGCGAACACGCCACCACGUUUACGUGUCUGCAGCUCUGAUGGAAUACUACUGCAGCAAAGAUAAAUCAGUGGCCUUUAAGAUUUUUGAGCUGGGUUUGAAGAAAUAUGGAGACAUUCCAGAGUACAUACUUGCCUACAUUGAUUACCUCUCCCACCUUAAUGAGGACAACAACACCAGGGUUUUGUUCGAACGGGUCCUCACCUCUGGAAGCCUAUCCCCAGAGAAAUCAGGUGAGAUCUGGGCUCGGUUCUUGGCGUUCGAGAGCAACAUCGGAGACCUGGCCAGUAUUCUGAAAGUAGAGCGCCGACGUUUCACAGCCUUCAAAGACGAGUAUGAGGGGAAAGAAACGGCUUUGCUUGUAGAUAGAUACAAGUUCAUGGACCUUUAUCCCUGCUCUACCAGUGAACUCAAAGCCCUUGGUUACAAGGAUGUGUCUCGUGCCAAACUGGCAGCACUGCUCCCUGAAGCCGUGGUGGCUCCCUCGGUGCCUACACUAAAGGACGAUCCCGACCGUAAACCAGAGUAUCCCAAACCAGACACCAAUCAGAUGAUCCCGUAUCAGCCACGUCACCUCGCUCCUGCAGGUCUACACCCGGUCCCUGGUGGAGUUUUCCCAGUCCCUCCAGCUGCUGUUGUCCUAAUGAAGCUGCUCCCUCCGCCUUCGUGCUUCACUGGUCCCUUUGUUCAAGUGGAUGAGCUCAUGGAAACGUUUAGGAGAUGUACACUUCCUGAGAGUGUCGAUGCUGCUGUGGAGCUCAUCACCGGCAGACAGCCGGAGGCGGCAGGGGAGGGCAACGGCCCCAUGGAGAACCACGCUACCGCCAAGUCCCUCAAGAGGCCAAACGCCGACUCCGAUGAGGAGGACGACAAGGGAGCCAUAGCUCCACCCAUUCACGACAUCUACCGCGCACGCCAGCAGAAGAGGAUUCGAUAAACCGGAGCCGCUGGAAGAAUGUAAUCUUAACAGACUGUCAAAGAGAAUGAAAACACACGUCCGCAGGACUGGUUUUUACAUUUGUACAAAUAACCGUACGCGCACUCACAGAUACUUUAGCACACAAAAGUGUUUUAGUGUUUUUUGUUUGUUUUUUUUUCUUUUCCGUCAAGAGUUUUGUUUUUUUUUUUAUUUUGAAAGACUGAUAAUUAUACUGUACAAAGUUUUUAAUUCUACUGUGGACUUUGGGAUACACUUCAGUUCCGAUCUUAUGUUUCAGCUGUUCCAAGGAUAACAAAGUGGAAGCUUUUUCUUUUUCUUUUUUUUUUUAGAUAUUACGGAGGAAACACUGUUCCUUUCAAUAAAAAUUGAAAAAUAA